AGGUACUGGAGGUGCACUUGGAAUACUAGUUGCAGAGACUAACCAUAUAGGAAUGCGUGAUAUAUUCAUCAGUCUGCUGUGUCUGCAGCUCUUCGUUGCGCUGCAGGGUCAGAUACUACCCGAUGAAAUCAAAAGGUGUCACUUUGGGGAAUCAGAAUGCAUUGUGAAGUCCAUCAAUGCUGUGAUAAAGAAUUUUCCCAGGGGCAUACCAGCGUUGGGGCUGAAACCCAUUGAUGUGGUGGACAUUAGAAACUCCAAGUUCUGGAACGACGAGAAAGUCGGCGCCUUUUGGUUGGAUUUCGAUCUGUUCAAUCAGGUGAAUUAUGGCUUCGAGAACACGACGAUAACGAAGGUUAGUGGCUUCGACGAGAAUCCCACCUCCAGCCUGAUAGAGAUUCAUGGCCGUAUACCGAGUCUCAUCCACAAGGGUAGCUACUUCUCUCAGGGAAGAGUAUGGAUCAUAGAGCUUAACUCGACGGGGGAGUCCUUUUCGGACUUUCAGAACUUUCGCUUUGUCCUCAAGCUAAAGGUGAUCAUGGAGUAUCGGAACAACAAGCGUUAUCUGAAGAUCUACGAGAUGACUCCGUUCGUCAACAUGGAUCGGUGGGUGUUUUGGCUGGACAACUUCUUCGAAUCAAAUACGGAUCUAACAAUUGCCAUUAACAAAGUGUUUAAUGAACACUGGGUGGAAUUUUGGAAUGAAUUGGAGCCUAAAAAUCUUAAAAUUUUUGCAAGCGUCUUUCGCGACAUUUUCGAGGACGUCUUUCAAAAGGUCUCCUACGACGACAUGUUCUUGCCGGUGUACAACGAGUCUGAAGUAAAUGAUUGAAAUCGGAA